GUAGUAUAUCUGUACGCUCGUUGCCUUCCCUUAUCUCCCCCGUGCACGCGCGCGCCGUCUCCCACGACCCCGUCCGUCCCGGCUGGCUACGUACCCGGCGGCCCGUCCUCGAGGGCCGGGAUGGCGGACGCGUCCUCCCCGCCGGCGCCGGCGCCCCUCGGCGCGGAGGACCUCGCGGACGCGCGCCUCGCGCCGUGGCCAGCCUCCCCGUGGCCGGCGCCCCGCCGGGACGGCGGCGGUGGGCGGAUGAACCCCCUGUUCACCAUACUUCCCGUCUCUGCGCUGGCGAUAGGCCUCGUGCUGCUCGUCGCCGUGGCCGUCAUCCUGGUGGCGACCCGCCGGGCGAGGCCGCGGAAGGUGGACGCCGGCGGCAGCUGCAACGGCGACGGCAAGCCGGGCGCGCCCACGUCCAGCUGCAGCAGCCACAACACCAGGUGCGGCUACGCCGCCGCCGCCGGCGUCGGGUGCAUCUACGCCGGCCGGCUGGGGUUCUCGGCGCCGCCGCCACCGCGGAGCCGGGGCGCGCAGGUGUUCACGUACCGGGAGCUGGAGCGCGCGACGGACGGGUUCAGCGAGGGCAACGUGGUGGGGCGGGGCGCCUCCGGCGCCGUCUUCCGCGGCCGGCUCGCCGACGGCACCCCCGCCGCCAUCAAGCGGCUGCGGCUAGACCACCGGCGGCAGGGCGAGCGCGAGUUCCGCAUCGAGGUGGACCUGCUGAGCCGGAUGGACUCGCCGUACCUGGUGGGGCUGCUGGGCUACUGCGCCGAUCAGAGCCACCGGCUGCUGGUGUUCGAGUUCAUGCCCAACGGCAGCCUCAGGAGCCACCUCCACCCCUCGGCCUCCGGCGGCGGCGGCGCGCGGCAGCCGCUGGACUGGGCGACGCGGCUGGGCAUCGCGCUGGACUGCGCGCGCGCGCUCGAGUUCCUGCACGAGCACAGCAGCCCCGCCGUGAUCCACCGCGACUUCAACUGCAGCAACGUCCUGCUCGACCGCAACCUCCGCGCCCGCGUCUCCGACUUCGGCAUGGCCAAGCUCGGCUCCAACAAGGCCGACGGCCAGGUCGUCACCCGCGUGCUCGGCACCACCGGCUACCUCGCGCCGGAGUACGCGUCCACGGGGAAGCUGACGACCAAGUCGGACGUGUACAGCUACGGGGUCGUGCUCCUGGAGCUGCUCACCGGCCGGGUGCCGGUCGACACGCGGCGCCCGCCCGGGCAGCACGUCCUCGUCUCAUGGGCACUUCCACGGCUCACGAACCGGCAGAAGCUCGUGCAGAUGGUGGACCCUGCCCUGCAAGGCCAGUUCGCCCUCAAGGAUCUCGUCCAGGUGGCCGCCAUCGCCGCGAUGUGCGUCCAGACGAAGGCGGAGUACCGGCCGCUGAUGACGGACGUGGUGCAGUCGCUGAUCCCCAUCGCCAAGCCCACCCCGGCCAUGUCCUGCUCCUCCACGCCGAUCAGGGCGGCCCUGGAGCACGUCAUCUUCAUGGGCUCAUCCCACUGCGGCAGCAAGACCUCCUCCUAGUCCUGGCUGGCUGGUAUAGUGGCAUACAUUCACGGCUGUGGUCGGCCGUCGACGAAGCGCGGUACAGGGUCCUCGUUCCUUGAUUGAUGACUUGAUGUAUAGAGCUCUCUCCUCUUCUUCAGGUGGAAGCGUCAGGGUGUAUUGUUUUUCGUACGAGCUA